AUGCCUCGCCCAACAACAAGAGCUGAGGUUCUUCAAAAACUAAGGGAUACAAUUUCUAAAAAUGAAAUAAUUGUUGGCGCCGGAGCUGGUAUUGGGCUUUCUGCAAAAAGCGUCGAGAAGGGGGGUUGUGAUAUUAUUGUCGUGUACAAUUCUGGCCGCUUUCGUAUGGCUGGUCGUGGCUCAUUGGCUGGAAUGAUGCCAUACGGAGAUGCAAAUCAGAUUGUUGUCGAAAUGGCAAGUGAAGUCCUCCCUGUUGUGGAAAAUACCCCCGUGCUAGCUGGAGUGUGCGGUACAGACCCAUUUAGGUCCAUCCCUCUUUUCCUUGCCCAGCUUAAAGAGAUCGGAUUCUGUGGGGUUCAAAAUUUCCCAACAGUUGGGCUUAUCGAUGGCAAAUUCCGUCAAAAUCUUGAGGAAACCGGGAUGGGCUAUGACAAGGAAGUUGAAAUGAUCAAAAUUGCACAUGAGCUCGAUUUGGUUACCACUCCGUACGUAUUCACCCCAGAGGAUGCAGAAAAGAUGGCACGAGCGGGCGCCGAUAUUAUUGUCUGCCAUGUCGGGUUGACCACUUCUGGAGCCAUCGGGGCGGCCACCGCGUUAUCCUUAGAUGAAUCCGUGAAUAUCAUCCAGAAGAUUCGCGAUGCUGCUGUCAUAGUCAACCCGGACGUUAUUGUGCUCUGCCAUGGCGGGCCUAUUGCUGAACCUAAAGACGCCGAAUAUGUCCUGACGCGCACCAAUGGUGUUCACGGUUUCUACGGCGCAAGUAGCAUGGAACGUUUACCCGUUGAAAUUGCGAUCAGGCAAAAUGCAGAGGCGUUCAAGAAAUUGAAAAUAAGCCAACAUUAG